UACGACGGCCGCGGCUGCGGCUGUUGAAGCGACUCAAUUGCAGGCUUGCGGCUGCAAGGGCAUCCGGACCUGUCUUAUUUGCGAGAGACAGCGCCACGGGCCCCCGCCCUGGCAGAUAUCCCCUCAGGUGGUAUCCACAAUGCCAGAGGAAGAGUGCCCACAUCCCAUUAAUUCAGGAAUGAGAAUUCCUACUGCUCCAGAGGGCUGCGGGCCUGGGGCUGCCGUCUGUCUGUGUCGUCCCGGGGACUCCAGACACCUCUCCAAAUGGCCUCAGUCCCAAGAAGAGCAUUGGAACCCCAGAGGCCAGAAGAUCCUGGGGACCUAAGGCACAUAAAAGACACCAUUUCCUUUACUGCCUGGACACAGGCUGGGCCGUGGGGCCCCAGGACUCUGAUUUUGAAGGUUGGGCCUUCCCGUUCCCGGGUGUGAUGCUGAUCGAGGACUUUGUGACCCCAGAGGAAGAGGCUGAGAUGGUGCGGCUGAUGGACAGUGACCCCUGGAAGCUCUCUCAGUCUGGGCGGAGGAAACAGGACUACGGCCCAAAGGUCAAUUUUCGGAAGCAGAAGCUGAAGAUGGCUGGCUUCCAGGGUCUCCCCAGCUUCAGCCGGAAGGUGGUCCAGAGGAUGGGCCUCUACCAGGGACUGGAGGACUUCCAGCCCGUGGAACAGUGUAAUCUGGACUACAGCCCAGAGCGGGGCUCGGCCAUUGACCCCCACCUGGAUGACGCCUGGCUGUGGGGCGAGCGGCUGGUGAGCCUCAACCUCCUGUCAGCCACUGUGGUGUCCAUGUCCCGUGAAGCCCCUGGCAGCCUGCUGCUCUGCUCGGCCCCCUCCAUCGGACCUGAUGCUCCUGAGGGCAGCAUCGUGGCCCCUAGCAGGUCUGUCCCCUGCCAGGAGGUGGAGGUAGCUAUCUCUGUGCCCUGCCGCUCUCUGCUGGUGCUCACAGGGGCUGCACGGCACCAGUGGGCACAUGCCAUCCACCGCAGAGACAUCAAGGCUCGCCGUGUCUGCGCCACCUUCAGAGAGCUGGCCAGCGAGUUCCUGCCUGGGGGGAAACAGCAAGAACUGGGGCGGGAGCUGCUGCAGGCUGCACUUUCCUUCCAAGGAAGGCCCGUGUGAGCACAUCCCUGGGGAAACAUGGGCACAAGAGCUGACACCAGCCUGGCUGGAAACACAGCUCCAGCAUAACCAUUAAGGGAGCGAACACUGAGGUCUCUCCACAGCUCAUUAGAGUCAUUGUUUUGUUUUGUUUUUUUUUUUUUUUUUUUUUU